AGAUGGGCCAGCUCUGAGUGCACCUGGGUCGUCGGUUUCAGCCCGACCCGGCGUGGCGCGAUGAUCAAAUUCAUUUUGAUGGUGAACAAGCAAGGCCAAACCCGACUGGCUCAGUACUACGAGUUUCUGAGCGUUCGCGAACGCGUCACUUUGGAGGGCGAGCUGAUUCGCAAAUGCCUGUCGCGAAGUGAAAGCCAGUGCUCCUUUGUAGAAUACAGGGACUAUCGCGUCGUCUACAGGCGAUAUGCUUCCUUGUACUUCAUCGUCGGCAUAGACAAUGAUGAAGAUUGCAAUGAACUUGCCAUUCUGGAGUUCAUCCACACCCUUGUGGAGACCCUGGACAAGUACUUCGAGAACGUGUGUGAGCUUGACAUCAUGUGCGAACCUCCUGUGUAUGCACAACUUGAGGUAUGUUAGAAUAGUAUAGAAUAGUGAUCAGAAUGGGUAAACACUCAGCAGGCGGUUUUUCUUUUCCGUGCAAACGUUGGAUGUUCACACUAUGGCCACUCGACAGCUUGACCAUCUUGACCACCUCCAUGUGCUGUCCACAGCCUGCAGCCAUUGACUUUGAACGGAUCAUGAGGAACCAAAUGCAACAGCUCCUCUUUUUGUCAUUUUUGUCCCAACUAUAUCCAGCUGAGGUCUCAUUUGUCCUCACUUUGCAAUCUGAGUUACGCUGCAGUUAGGCAGAAUCUAC